AUGUCCCUGUCUAUUGCCAUACAGAACCUUAAUACAGGAUAUGGAAUCUUCAAUACUGUUAUAAACAUGUUUCAAAUGGUUUAUGUCUUAUUGUUGGGUUUUAUAUUCAAGAAUUGGUGCCUUUCAAUCAAACUGCAGAGUCCACCAAAGAAUGACAUCCAACCAACUUCAAACGAUGCGGAAGUAUAUUUGCAAACACCUUCGCUAGAGAAUAAUAAUUCUUCAGCCAGCAUUAGACUCUUGAAAUCUACAUCUCAAGUUUACCCAGGAGAUACAAGUAACUCCAACGUUUCCAAAUUGACGUCAUCUUCAAGUCGCCAUUUUGAAAUAGUGAAUUUCACUAGAAGUGAUCCAAGCGAGAACGAAUCAUUGGAAGAACUUUAUGAGCAGAAUAUGGCAGCCAGGCAAAACGGCGAACAAAUAAUAGAACUAAGACAACAAUUAUAUGAGGAAGCAGAGGCAUCAAGGUACCUCACUACUGCAGGAGGUGAAGCUGACGAUGAGUAUGACGAAUAUGAAGAGACAGUUACUACUGAUGACCACUAA